AUGCUGAGGGUGGUCGUGGAGUCUGCCACAGGGCUACCCAAGAAGAGAGUUGGCAGUCCUGACCCUGUUGUGUCUGUGAUUUUUAGAGAAGAGAAGAAAAAAACAAAGUCCAUUGACAGUGAGCUGAAUCCCGUCUGGAAUGAGGUUCUUGAGUUUGAUCUAAAAAACCAGGCUCUGGACUCCGGCUCCCACCUCGAUGUGAUUGUGAAAGACUAUGAAACUAUUGGCAAAGAUAAAUUUUUAGGAUCUGCCAAAAUAUCUCUGAGAGACCUCGCCGCGGGUCAAGUGCGGUCACUGCCAUCCAAAAACGUGCCACUUCUCAGUGAAAGCGGGCAAAGCAUUGGAGCUACAAUCAACCUCAUUAUUGGCUACGACCCUCCGGCCAGCGCCACCAACCUCAAUGACCCUCAAGGAGGAGACGCAACAGUGGAUUCUGGAUCUGGUGGAGCCGAGGACUUGGAUGAGACGACACCAGAUGGAGAUGUCGCUGGUCCAGGAGCAGGAACUGUGGCCAACAGAGCCAACCUGCGGCAGCGACUGUCCAGGAGCGCCAAGAGUCGACACAGACUGGCCAAUAAACCACAGGACUUCCAGGUCCGUGUGCGGAUCAUUGAGGCUCGCCAGCUCCCGGGAAACAACGUCAAACCUGUGGUGAAGGUGAGCGUGUGCGGGCAAACGCACAGGACCAGGAUCAAGAGAGGAAACAACCCCUUCUAUGACGAGCUGAUGUUCUAUAACGUGCACAUGCUGCCGUCAGAGCUGUUGGAACAAAACAUCAGCUUCAGGGUGUAUAACUCGUACUCACUUCGAGCAGACAGCCUCAUGGGAGAGUUUCAGCUGGACAUUGGUUAUUUGUACGAUGAACCUGCUCAUUGUGUCAUGAGAAAGUGGCUGCUCCUGAAUGACCCAGAGGAGUCCAGUUCUGGAGCUAAAGGCUACCUCAAGGUCUCCCUGUUUGUUGUGGGUGUAGGAGAUGAACCGCCGGUGGAAAACAGAGAAUCCAACGAUGAUCAGGACGACAUUGAGAAUAACCUGCUUCUGCCCGCGGGCGUCACUCAGCGAUGGGCCACUCUGUCCCUGAAGGUUUACAGAGCCGAAGACAUCCCACAGAUGGACGAUGCCUUUGUUCAGUCAAUGAAGGAAUUCUUUGGUGGAGACGAAAACAAGAAGAAUCUGGUAGAUCCUUUCUUAGAGGCGCGCUUUGCUGGUAAAAAGAUAUGUACACAGAUCAUGGAGAAGAAUGCAAACCCUGAGUGGAACCAAGUUCUUAACCUUCAAGUCAAGUUUCCGUCGAUGUGUGAGCGCAUCAGACUAACAGUGUUUGACUGGGAUCGUUUAACUGGAAAUGACGCCGUUGGAACAACCUAUCUGAACUUGGCCAAGAUCGCCUCCUCUGGCGGAGAAAUUGAAGAGGAACAUGCAGGAAAAGAGGAUAUACCGUCAUAUGAAGCACAUACAGGCGAGUCGGAGGUGGGGUUCCUCCCAGUCUUUGGACCGUGCUAUGUAAACCUGUAUGGAAGCCCCAGAGAGUUCAGCGGCCUGCCAGACCCCUACGAGGAUCUCAAUCAUGGAAAGGGAGAAGGAGUUGCCUACAGAGGAAGAGUCCUCGUCGAGCUGUCCACCAAACUGGAAGGAAAAUCCGAAAACAUUGUAGAGGACGUCCCCAAUGAUGACCUCCUGGUGGUGCAGAAAUACCAGAGACGGAGAAAGUAUUGCCUGUGUGCCGUUUUCCACAGUGCAUCCAUGUUGCAAGAACCCGGGGAGCCCAUUCAGUUCGAGGUCAGCAUCGGAAACUAUGGCAACAAGCUGGACACGACCUGCAAACCUCUGGCCUCCACCACGCAGUACAGCUGUGCCGUGUUCGAUGGUAACCAUUACUACUACCUGCCCUGGGCUGGGACCAAGCCUGUGGUUGUGGUGACUUCUUACUGGGAGGAUAUCAGCCACCGCAUGGACUCUGUCAACAUCAUCUUGUACAUUGCCAACCGCUUGCAAUCCAACUUGGAGACAUUUAAAGUUGCUAUACAGGCAAAAGUCAAUGACAACCAACUUGUGGAGGUGUGGCUCCAGUUGCUCGACCAGCUGGUUGAAGACUUAGAAAGUUUAGCAAUGCCAGAGCUUGAAGGUCGCUCCAACCUCACUUCUUUAGACAUUCAGCUGAAGAAGCUGCGAGACAGUGCUUUAGCUGCAAUGACACAAGGAGCCAGACAGAUGAGAGAGGCGGCCACGGAGAUCAGGGACACACUGAGCGACCUGGAGUCCUGGCUGGAGAAGCUCCGCCAGCUGGCAGAGGAGCCCCAGAACAGCAUGCCCGACAUCAUCAUCUGGAUGUUGCGAGGGGAGAAGAGAGUCGCAUACAGUCGAAUUCCUGCUCAUCAGGUCCUUUUCUCCACGUACAAUGAGCAGGCGUGUGGGCAGCACUGUGGCAAAACUCAGACAGUAUUUCUACAGUAUCCCAUGGACAAAACCAAAGGCCUGAAGGUCCCAGUGCAGGUGCGGCUCAACAUGUGGAUGGGUCUGUCUGCACACGAGAAGAAGUUCAAUUCCUAUUCUGAGGGGACAUUCAGUGUGUUUGCAGAAAUGUAUGAAAAUCAAGCCAAAGUGUUUGGAAAAUGGGGGACCACAGGAUUGGUGGGACGCCAUAAAUACUCAGAUGUGACUGGAAAGCUGAAGCUCAAACAAGAGUACUUCAUGCCCCCUGGAGGAUGGGAAUGGGAAGAGGAAUGGUUUAUUGACCCAGAGAAAGCGCUCCUCACCGAGGCAGAUGCAGGCCACACAGAGUUCAUGGACGAGGUGUUUCAGAACGAGACUCGUUUCCCUGGUGGAGACUGGAAAGAUGCCUCUGAGCCAUACACUGAUGUGAACGGAGAGAAGAGCCGCGCUCCCGGAGAGUUUGAGUGUCCUCCUGGUUGGAUGUGGGAGGACGAGUGGACGGUGGAUGACAACAGAGCUGUUGAUGAUCUUGGCUGGGAGUAUGGGGUGACCAUCCCCCCAGAGGACAAACCGCGGUCGUGGGUCCCUGCUGAAAAGGUGUACCACGUUCAUCGCAGGAGGAGGUUGGUCCGACCCAGGAAGAGAGGGGCUCUGCCGGCAGGAGCAGCUGAGGAGAGACGGGAACGUGGCGAUCCUGAGGGCUGGGAAUUCUCCUCUCUGAUUGGGUGGAAGUUUCAUCGUAAAGAAAGAUCUUCUGAUACAUUCCGCCGCAGACGCUGGAGGAAGAAAAUGGCUCCAGAGGAUCGCCUUGGAGCAUCUGCCAUCUUUCAGCUGGAAGGAGCUUUGGGCAUUGAUACAGAGGACAAAGAAAAAGGAUCAAAGGCAGAUGCCACAAAGCUGUUUGGAGCAAACACACCAACAGUGUCCUGCUCCUUUGGCCGAUCACACAUGUACCACCUCCGCGUCUAUGUCUAUCAGGCAAGAAACAUGGCAUCUAUGGACAAAGACAGUUUCUCUGAUCCCUAUGCCCACGUCUCCUUCUUACAUCUAAGUAAGACAACAGAGAAGCUCCAAGCCACGUUGAACCCAACCUGGGAUCAAACUCUGAUUUUUAACGAUGUGGAAAUUUAUGGUGAACCUCAAAACAUUGCGUCCCGACCUCCAGAUGUUGUGGUGGAGUUCUAUGACCAUGACCAAGUGGGGAAAGAUGAGCUCUUGGGGCGCAGCGUGUGCCGCCCACUGGUCAAACUGAAUCCAGGAGUCGACCAAACACCCAAACUUUUGUGGCACCCCAUCUUCCAGAAGGGACAUCAGGCCGGAGAGGCACUGAUGGCAGCCGAGCUCAUCCUUAAAGACAAGGCCGGUGAGUCUGAUCUUCCAUUGGUUCCUCCAAAGAGAGCAGAGAACCUGUACAUGGUUCCUCAAGGCAUCCGGCCUGUCGUGCAGCUCACUGCUGUGGAGAUUUUGGCCUGGGGCUUAAGAAACAUGAAAACCUUCCAGCUGGCCUCCGUGUCCUCUCCCAGUCUGGUGGUGGAGUGUGGGGGACAGAGGGUGGAGUCAGUGGUCAUCAAAAACAUGAAGAAAAGUCCCAACUUCCCCAGUUCUGUGCUCUUCAUGAAAGUGCUCCUCCCGAAGGAUGAGAUGUACACGCCUCCAAUAGUGCUGAAGGUGAUCGACCACCGUCCCUUCGGCAGGAAGCCUGUGGUGGGCCAGUGCACCAUCAGCUCUCUGGAACAGUUCCGCUGUGACCCUUAUGUCAUCACUGCAGAGGGCGCCAUGUCCAACAAAAUGGCUUUGAUGGCGGCCGCUCCGUUCAAACAUAAACAUGUUUCCAUAAACAUGGAGGAUGAGACCAGGCCGCUGCUGGAGGCUCAGCUCGUUGAAAAGGAGAAAGAGACCGUCGACUGGUGGAGUAAGUUCUACGCCUCAGUGGGGGAACAGGAGAAGUGCGUUCCAUACAUAAAAAAAGGAUAUGACAAGCUCACGGUUUAUGACUGUGAACUGGAGGAUCAGUUCAAAGGCUUGACUGAUUUCUGCGACACGUUCAAACUGCUGCGAGGGAAGAACGAGGACGGAGACGACGACCCGACUGUGGUGGGAGAGUUCAAGGGCUCCUUCAAAGUGUACCCUCUGUCCGACGACCCCGGCGUGGCCCCUCCCCCUCGACAGUUCAGAGAGCUGCCGGACAGUGGGCCUCAGGAGUGUCUGGUCCGGAUCUAUAUCGUCCGAGCCAUUGAUCUACAACCCAAAGACAAUAAUGGCCGGUGUGAUCCAUACAUUAAGAUAGCGCUUCGGAAUAACACGAUCGAUGACAGGGAUCAUUAUUUGCCGAACACAACCAACCCCAUCUUUGGAAGGAUGUUUGAGAUGACAUGCUUCCUCCCUCAAGACAAGGAUCUAAAGAUCUCAGUGUACGACUACGACCUUCUGACCAGAGAUGAGAAAGUGGGGGAGACCGUGAUAGACCUGGAGAACCGCUUCCUGUCUCGAUACAACUCCUACUGUGGCCUGCCCCAGACCUACUGCAUCUCUGGCAUCAAUCAGUGGCGAGAUCAGAUGAAGCCGUCGCAGAUCCUGGAGAACCUGGCUCGAAUGAAAGGCCUGUCCAAACCUCGCAGCGAAGACAACGGAACAUCCAUGACCUUCAAUGGCAAAGAUUACACUUUAGCUCAGUUUGAGGGCACCAGAGAGCCCCACCAGCACCUGGGACCCCCGAGUGAGCGCCUCUGUCUGCAUGUGCUGCGGACACAGGGGCUGGUGCCUGAACACGUGGAGACCAGGACCCUGCUCAGCUCCUAUCAGCCCAAACUGUCACAGGGGAAGCUGCAGAUGUGGGUGGAUGUUUUCCCCAAAAGCCUCGGCGUUCCCGGACCUCCAUUUGACAUCACUCCACGAAAGCCCAAAAAGUUUUUCCUCCGCGCCGUCAUCUGGAACACCACAGACGUGACUUUGGACGAGACCAGUAUCACAGGAGAAAACAUGAGCGACAUCUACGUCAAAGGGUGGAUGCCUGGGAUGGAGGGAGAUAAGCAGAAGACAGAUGUACAUUAUCGGUCUCUAGACGGAGAUGGAAACUUUAACUGGCGUUUCGUGUUUGAGUUUGAAUACCUUCCUGCAGAACAGUUGUGUCUUGUGUCUAAAAAGGAGCACUUCUGGAGCCUGGAUAACACAGAGUUCAGGAUUCCUCCAAAGCUGAUCGUGCAGAUUUGGGAUAAUGAUAAAUUCUCUCUGGAUGAUUAUCUCGGCAGCCUGGAGCUGGAUCUGCGUAAUCUGGUUUCUCCUGCGAAAACUCCAGAGAAGUGCUCCCUGGACAUGAUGGACGUUGGAGACAUGAGCUCGAAGAAGCAGUCGAAGUGUCUGUUUGCUCAGAGGUCGGUCAGAGGCUGGUGGCCCUGCUCCAUGGAGCAGGAGGGCAAGAAGGUGGUGGGGGGCAAAGUGGAGAUGACGUUAGAGAUCGUGAGUGAAACGGAGGCGGAGGAGAGACCAGCGGGAAAAGGAAGAGAUGAACCCAACAUGAACCCAACACUUUCUCCUCCAAAUCGCCCGGACACGUCCUUCUUCUGGUUUACCAGUCCAUGCAAGACCAUGAAGUUCAUCGUGUGGCGCAGGUUCAAAUGGGUCUUCAUCGGACUGAUCCUCCUCAUCCUCGUGGUUCUAUUUGUGGCCAUCUUGUUGUACUCUUUACCAAACUACAUCUCAAUGAAGAUAGUGAAGCCUUUUCAGUGA